AUAAUAACAGUCAACAGACUCUUCUAUUGGCUCCAGUUAGACCAACAUUGAUGCUUCAUAUGUUUGAUUCUAUGCAAACUCAGUGACCUUCCUUGUUACUCAGCUAUAAAAACUUCCCAUCAGGCUGUCAGUGGAGUUCACAGCACGUCAGUUUCAACAUAAACCAUGUUCUCUGUAGCUCUGCUGCUGCUGUUGGCAGCUGGAUGUGUGAAGUGUGAACAGUUGACACAGCCAGCCUCUGUGACUGUGCAGCCAGGUCAACGUCUGACCAUCACCUGUCAGGUCUCUUAUUCUGUUAGCAGCUACUACACAGCUUGGAUCAGACAGCCUGCAGGGAAAGGACUGGAGUGGAUUAGUUCUGAUACGGACAUCAAAGAUUCACUUAAGAACAAAUUCAGUGUCACCUUGGACUCUUCCAGUAACACAGUGACUCUAAACGGACAGAAUGUGCAGCCUGAAGACUCUGCUGUGUAUUACUGUGCCAGAGACACACACUGGCAGGCGAGACACUGUGAUGAUUAUUUCGACUACUGGGGUCGUGGGACUCAGGUCACAGUAUCUUCAGGCACUCCAAUUAAACCAACUGUAUUUCCUCUGAUGCAAUGUGGUUCGGGGAGUGGAGACACAGUCACUCUUGGCUGUCUUGCCACCGGCUUCACACCCUCCUCACUGACCUAUUCAUGGAGCAAAAAUGGGACUCCAUUGACGGACUUCAUUCAGUACCCUGCAGUACAGAAAAACAACGUUUAUAUGGGGGUCAGUCAAAUCCGAGUGAGUAGACAGGACUGGGACGCAAGGCAGCCUUUCCAAUGUGUCGCGACACAUGCAGCGGGAAACACACAGGCUAUCGUGAAGCAACGGGACCCAGUCCCUCCAAAGGUAACUUUGUUAUCAGAGCCAAGGGGAGACUCUCAGGCCCUGCUGUGUAUAAUUGAGGAUUUCUUUCCAAACAACUUGACAGUCAACUGGAAAAAGAAUCAGGACGAUGUAGCUGGCACUACCUGGGACCCUGUAUUAAAUGGAGAUGUAUAUUCAGCUGUCAGUGUCCUGAAGGUCAAGAACACAGACUGGAACAGUAAUGCUGUUUACAAAUGUGUGGCGACGCACAGAGGACAACAAUAUAAAAAGAUUGCCUCUAAAGCUACUGUCACAGUGACACUGAACCAACCAAGUGCCAAAGAAAUUUUCAGUAACAACGAGGCAAAGUUGGAGUGCAUCGUCACUGGACGAGACAAGUCCAUUGUAAAUGAAAUCCAAAUCACUUGGCAAAUUGAUGAACAAACUGUGGCAGAAAAUAUAGAAUCACGAGUAUCGUCCGAUGGUGAUCAGCACAGCAAAACCAGCACAAUGAGUCGUAAUCGCACUGAGUGGCAGGGAGUCAACAAAGUGCGCUGUUCUGCUGCUAGAGAAGACAUGACUCCAGUUGUUCAAGAUCUCACUGUCCACAAAGGAGAUGUAAGUAAGACAAAAGUGACAGUCCACGUUCUACCAGGAGAAGUCAAUAAAGAAGCUGAGGUCAGUCUGGUGUGUCUGGUCUUCAGUCCUGUGCUGCAGGAUUCCUACAUCGCCUGGUCAGAAAACAUUGAAAAAUCCCCUGGCAUCUAUAAGGAUGGCAUUAACUUUCCCCCACAGAAGACCAAGGAUGGCUACUUCGUAACAAGUGUUUACACCACAACCAAGGCAGAGUGGGAGACCACUUGGAAAAUGUUUGAGUGCAACGUCUGGGUUGCUGGCAGCAAUGAGUCCAUGAAACCACGAGCUGUGUCUAAGGCCCAGGAUUUUGAUCCAGAGUCAGAACUGAGUUGUGCUCUGAGCUGCACAGAUGAAGAGGAUGAGUUCAGCAGUCUGUGGUCCACAGCCUCCUCCUUCAUAUUCCUCUUCAUAUCCUCUCUCUUCUAUAACAUGAUAUUCAGCCUGGUCAAGAUGAAGAAAUAAUAAAGAAGGAGAGAGAUGCACAGUGAGACAGACUGCAUGACUUUGUUUGUUUUUUGUCUUUUUUAUGUAGUUUUAAAAACGUGCAGAAUCGAUAAUAUACUGUAAAUAUUCCAAAUCAAAUGGUUCUCAUGUAAUGAUUGACUGAGUCAGUGAAAAUGGAUUUCUCUGCAACCUGUAAGACUAAAAAAUAUAACUGUAAUUCCUAAUUGUUUAAAUAAAUGAAUAAAUAUG